UUCUUUUUUUUUUCCUUCUUUUUCCUUUUUCUGUCAGCUCUUGACUACUGUAUGUCCUCCCAGUCAUUCCCAGGGAAAUAAUGUUCUUUACAGGCUGGAACUUAACCAAUGACCUAUAUACACUGAUAGACAGAACCGUAGUGUGCUACCUGUGCAUUUUGCUACCUGCUUGCUGAUUAACAAAAUCCCUUGGCAUGGCUGUGUGGGACCCUGGGUGAUUAGGAUGGCUUUCAAAAAUCAGGUUUUGUUCUGUGGUUGCCAGUCAGUCUGCCACCUAACUAGCAGCUUGGUCUUUUGGGAAGGUGAAGUUUAGCUUGCUUUUAAUUUCUGUUAUUUAGCUUCAGGUGUUCUUGUCCAUCCUCUUUGUAUUUGGUAACAAGACUUGUUGGGACAUCAGUGAGCCUUAGGCUUAGGAAGCUGAAGUGACAGCUGAGGGGAAAGGGUAGUGCUAGUGUACCAAAUGUGUAAACCUGAGGCUAGGAAAGCUGAGAUCUUCGUCUGUCCAAUAGAACUAUUGGAUUCAUAUACAACAGAACACUUGCUAUUUAUUGGAAUAGCUGGAAAAGAAGGCUGUGUCUCCUGGGGAAAAUAAAAAGCAAAAAAAAACAAAUGACAGUGCCUUAAAGCUCAUCUGUAUUGCCCAUGAAGAAUGAGAUGGCUGUGAGGAAGUUGAGAAAAUGUGCCAAGACAGCAAGUAGCCUGUACUAAAGGCAAACAGGACAUGAAUGUCAGUUUUCUUGUGUGCAACCAAGUGGAGGUAACCAGGAUGGUCUUGGGAGAACUGAGCUGGGACUCUCAAAACUUAGAGAGCUGUCUGUUGCUCAUAUGUAUUGCUUGGAAAAUUCUGUAGAAGAACAAGUGUCUCUCAGGGCUUUCUCAGACUUUUAUUUCAGCCUGUUAUGAGUCAGGUCUUUCCUUAGCAUACAUGUUUUGGGUUAGAAAAGAAGCAUCUAGAGCACUUGGGGCAGAAGCGGCAUUUCUUUGCCUGUAUUUGAAAGGCUGCACUAGUGUUGGUAGGGCCAGGAGGUGGUUAUUGUUAGAGUUGUCUCUCCAUACUUCAAAUUUGUUUUCUCAAACAGUAAAGAGAAAGGGAGAGGUGGAAGGAUUUAUUACAUAAUAAGCUGCAGUGGUAACUAAAUUGUCAAAGACUUAAGAAGAGUAGGGGUAGGAAGCUAAAAGUGUCCUGAAACUGUCAUUGAAAAGUUUCAGAUUACUCUGUACUAGACAGCAUCUUGACUACUUCCAUCACUUCCGUUUGUUAAAACAGUGUUUCUUAAAAUUUAGUUUGUGCUGAGUGCUUGCUUGGUUGAAUGAUAUUCAACCAAUGAUAAAUUCAGUAUCACUUGAAUUUUAUCUCUUACUGCUAACGGGGUUGGUUCCCAAUCAUAAAAAUCUCUCUUAAUCUCUUAAGAUGCUGUGUGGUGUUCCUUAAGGCAUGUAUCUCAGUCUUGUUAUAUAACUAGAGAUAUGGCAGACCUCAGAGGGAUACCUGUCUAAUCUAGUCUAGAUUUUGGGACUUAAUGUAAGCAAAUUCUGAACUUUCUUUAAAAGCUGAUAUAGGCUUGGUAACUGUAGACUUUGUGGUAUGCUUAGAGAUGUGUUAUCAGGACUUUCUUCAAGAAGGGAAAUGGCCACUGGAGACUCAUACUGUUACUGCUUUUGAGAAGGAGAAAAUGAGAAUUAGCUGACAAGAAAUUCAGUGUAAUAUGUGACGCUAUGCAAAAAUGUUCAGGUGUUGCAUUUUAAGGAUUUAGAUAAUUUCAAGAUCCUACUUAGUUUGUGUGCUCCGCUGCUGAAGUGUUAGUUCGCUUUGUAUCUGAAGUAUUUCAUUUAUCCUCCAAAUUAUACUAAUAAUCACUGAGGAUGAUAAAACAUACCUAUACAAUUUUCUAGUGCUAAUGUACUAGUAGUACUAGUACAAUUUUCUAGUGCUAAUGUACUGUAGUUUAUUUCUUAAUGUGCUGAAGAAUAGCAAAGUAAUCUUUAACACUCUUCCACUUAGAGACAGAUUGAACACAGUAGGUAGUUUCUGUCAGAGUGUGUGUAACCAAAGACAUGUAUUUUUAGGUUACUUUCUCCCAGUAGCAGCUGAUUUCCUGUAUUUCAGCUUCUUGGAAGAUUUGAGGUGAAACUUAACUCUUCAUUUCUGGCUGUUUUUGUUUCAAGUACAGGUAAAACCUGUAUUUCCAGUAUAGAAAACACUUCUUUGUGUAGAACAUGCUUACAUGACUAAUACCUGUUUUCUGUAUGGCACUUGAAUUGCAUAAAUGUAUGACUGCUUCUUGUAAUACAGUAACUGGAUAUGCUGCAGUUCAUAUUUACAGUAGGAAACAAGGUAAAAGCUAUCUCACUUUUUUGAACACGAGAUAGUUUGUUUAUUCCUUAUGUCAGUAGUGUUUCUUCUAAACAAAUCAACAGAGCUAGUCUUUGAGACUGCUCCAGGCUAAUCUGGCUGAAAACUCUAGAUAGCACUAAUAUUUUAUACCCUUGUUAGUUUUGUUACUGGAAAGACUUAAUAUUUUAUUUUAAUUUGAUAUCUGCAAGCCUUAAAUAUGCUAUAUGUAGAACACCUGUCCAGUACUGUUUGGUAAAUGGAUAAAGAAAAAAAUGCACUUCUUUCCUUCUUUUUUGUUAGAGCAAAUGAAAUUCAUUUAUGACUAAUCUAGAUUUAGUGGAUCAGUUCACAUUGUACUUAAGCUUCUAACUUACGUGGGAAGACAGUAAGGUUUUGGAUGAGAAUAGUUAAAAUAUAAUUUCUGUACUACUAUUUAAGUGUUGGGAUGUCCUUGUAUUUCAGAUGAAGUUGAGAUCAGCUGGGUUCCUUCUUUCCUGAAGAGGCUUUAGUGGUUAAUCACUAGAUAAUGGCACUGAAGAAGUUAAGCUGCCAUUCAUCACAUCUGCAUUUUUACAGAUGAAUCUAAUUAUCUAAUAAAAUUACAUUUUUAAGUUUGUUUUUAUGUUCUUUAGGAUAUAAAUUAAAGGUAACUGGCAAACCACAAGCAAUAGGCAAUGUCUUCUAAUUCAGUAAUCAACUUGUGGAGUAGCUCCCCUCCUUUGUAUGAAUGUUUUAAAGCUGUAGCAAGUGUUCAGAGUGCUCUGCAAACAGGAAAAUUUGUUUGUUCAUUCCUUCAUGCUACUAUUGUUCUUUGGUCACAGCUCCUCUAGAGGGAAAGAAUAAAGCUGCUGAAGAAUUAAAUAAUGACAUUGAGGCACACCUGAAUACUUCUGUUCAUCCCAUAUGAAUUUAAGCAUGGUGGUUGGAGUGACAGGUCAUCUCAUACUUCUGCAUGAGAGGAACAGAUUCAGAGAGCGAACAUCUUUGGCAGUUAAAAGUAUUGUGGUAAAUGGCCUGAUUAACAUCAGUAUCUCAACAAUUGAGAAGCGCUAUGAGUUGAACAGCUCCCUUACUGGCUUGAUAUCUGCAGGCUAUGACAUUGCUUUUUGUGUAUUGUCACUGUUUGUAUCUUUCUUUGGAGAAAGAGGGCACAAACCACGAUGGCUGGCUUUCUCAGCUUUUAUGCUGGGAUUGGGUUCACUUGUGUUUUCCUUACCGCACUUCAGUACUGGAAAAUAUCACUAUGGAGGUAAACUUGAAGAUACAUGUCAAAUUUCAGGAACAAGCUCUGCUAAUUUCACUUGCAGUGCCAGCGCAAAGUCUUCACUUUCCAAUUAUCUCUAUGUUUUUAUACUGGGACAGCUGCUGCUGGGAGUUGGAGGAACUCCACUGUAUACUUUGGGGACAGCUUUUAUUGAUGAUAGUGUUCCAAAGCACAAAUCUUCCCUUUAUAUAGGAAUUGGCUAUGCUAUGUCAUUGCUUGGGCCUGCUAUCGGCUAUGUCUUAGGAGGACAGCUACUUAAUGUUUAUAUUGAUAUUGAGAUCCCAGAAAGUACACAGAUGGACCAAGAUGACCCACGCUGGCUUGGAGCAUGGUGGAUAGGAUUCCUUGCAUGCUUUUUUGCAAUUUGGUUUCUGAUAAUACCGUUUUCAUGCUUUCCAAAAUACUUGCCAGGCACAGCAAAAAUACAGGCUGAAAAAAUCUCUGAAACCCAUAACGAUGGAAGUGAGGCACUUGUUGAAACCAAGAAUAUUGGAAAAAAUUUUAAAGACUUUCCUGUUGCUCUCCUGAUUUUGUUGAAGAAUCCAGUGCUUAUGAGUCUAAUAAUAGCCAGUACCUCUGAAGCUUUAGUUACCACUGGCUUUGCCACAUUCCUGCCAAAGUUUAUAGAAAAUCAGUUUGGAAAGACAUCAAGUUUUUCAGCAACUCUUGGAGGGCUUGUAUUAGUUCCAGCAGCAGCAAUAGGCCAAGUCAUAAGUGGCAUCUUGGUAUCCAAGUACAAAAUGGAUUGCAAAAACAUAAUCAAGUUCAUGAUAGGCACUUGUUCAGUUGCCUUCCUGUUAAACACAGUCUUUUUAGUUGCUAAAUGUGGGAAUGAACCUUUUGCCGGUGUUACCGAAACAUAUAAUGGAACAGGCAUGCUACAUAACUUAACAGCGCCAUGCAAUGCUAACUGCAGAUGCUCCAGCUCCAGAUACUACCCAGUUUGUGGCAGAGAUGAAGUCCAGUACUUUUCUCCAUGUUUUGCAGGAUGUGCGUCGUAUAAUCUUAAUAACAAGAAAAAGACUUACUACAACUGUUCCUGUGUUGGGAAGCUGAAGAGAGAAAAUGUUUCAGAGGACUUUCUCUUUGAAGCUAUGCCUGGGAAAUGUCCAACACGAUGCAAACAUUUACCUUUAUUUCUGAUCUUUUUCUUUUUUGCUGUUGUUUUUACAUUUAUGGCUGUUACUCCAACUACUGUGGCCAUUCUCAGAUGUGUGCCAGAUAAGCAGCGCUCAUUUGCUCUUGGAGUGCAGUCAGUGUUUCUACGACUACUAGGUACUGUUCCUGGACCAAUUUUGUUUGGUGUUGCAAUAGAUAACAGUUGUUCUCUGUGGGAUGUUGAUGAAUGUAAAACUAAAGGAGCUUGUUGGGUUUAUGACAAUGAAAGAAUGGCAUAUCUUUUGAUGAGCAUAAGUGCUGCUUGCAAAAUCAUCACAAUCAUCUUUGUGGUCAUGGCAGUAUUUUUGUAUAAACCUCCACAACCAAGGCCAGCUCUGCCACAGAAGGAUUCAGAAAUGGUAUCUUCUAUACAUGCAUAAAUCGUGAGCAAAUCAGUGACUUUCAGAAGAAACUAAAGAGUAAGCUCUGUUGUGUACAUUUGAAAAAAGACCCUUACAUUUCCAGUAUAAUUUUUAAUGUUGAAUUUAUAACUUGAAUGAAACGUGGUAGAAUAUUCCAAUCCUUGUUUUUCCCCUCCUCCCCCCAGCCCCCCCAAAAAAGGAAAAAAUAACCUGAACUGGACUGACUGUGAGCCACAUAUGUGGAACCUGGUUUAUUAAAAGGAACUGUCACUGUUUAAAAUGGGGAUUAUUAUAAUGUGCACAUCUUCUGGACUAAUACGUUAGGUAUGGAUUUUGACUGUAGAUAUACCAGGGGAUAUGCAAGAAUGGAUAUGUUUUGAAUAUUUUUACGUGUUAUCUUAAUGGUGUACAUUCUCUUCUUAAUAUUUGUAGUAAACUGUACAUAGUUAUAGGCAGCUGGAUUUGUGACAGCAAAAUGUUAUUUAAGUGCCUUAGUUUCUUUUUGAAAUGUAUAUAGAAAGAUGCUAUCGAGCUCCUUUCUUUAGGCAUAGUUAACAUUUUUUCUAUAAAACUUUGAAAAUAAAAUCUAUUUUCUUACAAUUUCUGUGUAUGUGAUGUUAUUUCUAUAUGACUGAAUCCUAGACUUCGCAACUCAAAGAAAUGCUGAAAAAUGGCAGAGAGUAGGUAUGCAAGCAGCAAAAGUAGAAAAAUGUGUCUUUAGUUAUUCCUCUCCACUUGUGCACUGUCCACUAUUAAAACUAUUUUUGCUUAGUGCAGCAGAUGUGACGUAGCCACUGGUAUCAAAUAUUAAACUUCAUUGCCCACUACUGAAUCAUUCAGUAUUGGCUGGAUUAUUUCUAUGAGCAAGAUAUUCUCUGCACUUGUUUCAGUUAAUAUAAAGUUAAUCAAAAUUCCUUUAUAUUUUUUUUUAUGCUAGAACUGUUCAGAAGAGUGGAAGAAAAAAAACACAGUAGAAUGCACAACCUUAAAACACAAGGCUUCAUGUUUUUUUGAGACAGAGGAGUAAAGUAGUAGAAUACAGCUGAACUUAUGCUUUCUCCAGUUGAAAGUCUCCUGAUAACAGAGCUGCUUUAUAAUUGAGCUUAUAGAGGGUGGUUAACUUCCCUUGAAAUAACUAAAUACUGAUCUUCUCUAAAGUUUAGAAAUAACAACCUAAAACUUUGAGUUUGGUUUUCGGCUCUGAUUUGCUUUGUGUAGGGUAUAGCAAAUCACUUAAUUGUAUUAAAGGUGUGUGUUAUGGUGGCUAAAUUGGCAAACUUGCUUCUCAGUCUGACUUAAGAUAUGAUAUCAUUGUUUAGUUUCUACUGCUUAGCAUGAUUGAACAUAUUACAAAAUUGUGGGACAGAGAAACAGGAUAUUCCUCCUCUUCUGAGGAAGUUAUUAGAACUUUUAGUUGCUACUGGAGUGGUUAUUUGGGUGGAGGAGGAAGGAAGUAUUGCUGUGGUAUAAAAUUACAGUUGAAUUAAAAGUUGCAACAGCCUUCAUUUUUGACUUGCUAAAGAUUGCACUCACUAAUUUAGGAGUACCACCAGAAUGACUAGAAGGGAAACCAAAUAUUUUAGAACUGGGGAGGCUUACUUAUUUACCUUGUAAUAUAGCAAUAUUCAUUCUGCAAACAGUUGUGGCAGAUGGUAUGUCAAAGGCUCUACUAAGCUGAGACAAACAUCACAGACAAGUUGACAAAGUAGCUUAGGUAACUGAAGGUGGAUUAAAAACUGCCUAAAUGCCUGGGCCUAGUGGGUUAAAAGUCCAGUUGGAGUCAAGGCCCUAGUGGUCUUACCCCUGAGAUCAACUGGGGACAGUCCAGUUCAAGUUAAUGGCCUGUAUGAUAGAUUCAAAGUAUACACUCAAUGAAAUCUCAGCCAGAAACCUGUGGUGGGUGGUUGAUGGACCACCUAGGGGCACUGUGAGAAAGUGGUGAAAUGGAUCAAUAGAAAUCUCGUGAAGUUCAACAAGAAGAAAGGUGAAGUUCAGCAUAUGUGGCAGAAUGGCACCAAGUGUGACUGUGGAGCCAGAGGGAAAGCAGUGAACGAUGUUGGUUGUACGAUGGACAAGCUGACUGUGACACAGCAGAGCCCAUUCUGCAAAAAUGCCACUGGAAUCCUGUCUACAUUAAGUACAGCAUUGCUAGCAAUUUGAACUCUACAUAACACAGCUGUUGUGCUGUGUCUGGUUCUGGUCUCCAGUAUAGGAGAUCUGUAGGUGUACUGAAAUAAGUGAGGGGGCAGGGUUACAAAGAUGGCUAAGAAAACAGAACAUCUUUCAUAGGGAUAGUCUGAGAAAGCUGGAAAUGCUCCCAUCAGCAUGGAGAAAACACUUAGAAAUAUGCAUAAAUAUCUCAUGGUAGGGAAUGAAAAGAAGCAAGCCAAACUCUUCUCAGUACUAUCCAGCUGACUAGACAAGAACAAAUGGUUGCAAACUGAAACAUUAAAUUCUAUUGAAACUCAAGAAGGUUGUUGCUGUUUUCUUUUUUUAACUCAGGGUUUUCAAGUGUUAGAACAGGUUGUGGAAUCUCCAUUCUUGGAAAUGUUUAAAAACUGGACAUGGUCCUGUGCAGGGUUGUUGGGCUAGGUGAUCUCAAGAGGUUGUUUCUAAACUAAACAGGUCUGCGAUUCUGUGAAAUAUUUGUCAUUGUGGUGGCUCUUGUUCCCCAUUCUAUACGAUGUGUAACUUCUGUCUGGAUUCUUGCAAGGGAAGACCUUCCUGUUAUUGCACAGUGUCUUUUUUUUUUUUUUUUUUUUGGUAUGCAUAUGUAUCAGCUUGUACAUUACACUAAACCAUGUUUAGCAACUAAUGUAAUGUGUAUGUCUCACUGGGUGAUACUAGUUCUGUUCAUACUAACAGUGUAAUCUUGAUAAACAAAACAUUUCUAACAGCAA